AUGGUAGCGCCCACGGCUGUCAAGAAAAGUGUCACUGGAUCAGACGCGUCUCAACUAGAGUCUGGCGCAAGCUCGCGUAUUUUCGGUGGAAACUCGUUCCACAAGGCCGCCGACGACGAUGACGACGAUGAGGUGUUGGUAGACGACCAAAACAUGGACGCAGAGGAACCUCGGCCAGAAGAAAACAGCAACGAGAGCACGAAAAAGCCGCAAGAAGUGGUCUUGGAUGAACGUGGAAAGCCCAGAUUCCCCUCGGCCGCUCAAGCGGGCGAGACCAAGGUCAAACUGGAAUCUCGGAAAGUUACCGUCCCCCCACACCGGAUGACCCCGCUAAGGAACAACUGGACCAAGAUAUAUCCGCCCCUGGUCGACCAUCUGAAGCUCCAGGUCCGUAUGAACCUCAAGACCAAGACCGUCGAGCUCAGAACACAUCCUAAACACACUACCGACCCUGGUGCCCUGCAAAAAGGUGCUGAUUUCAUCAAAGCCUUCACCCUCGGUUUUGAUCUUGACGAUUCCAUCGCACUACUGAGGCUGGAUGAUCUCUAUAUCGAGACCUUCGAGAUUAAAGACGUAAAGACCCUCAAUGGCGACCAUUUGUCUCGUGCCAUCGGCAGAAUUGCAGGUAAAGACGGUAAGACCAAAUUCGCCAUUGAAAACGCUACCCGUACGCGUAUUGUGCUCGCAGACUCCAAGAUCCACAUCUUGGGAGGGUUCACUCAUAUCCGCAUGGCCCGUGAAUCAGUCGUAAGUUUGAUUCUCGGUUCUCCUCCAGGAAAGGUUUACGGAAAUUUGCGUACUGUCGCCUCGAGACUAAAAGAGCGGUACUAA